AUGGCUAGGAAGUUCCCAGAGGUGCAGCCCGGAGGCAGCCUCAUUUUGGCCUGGCAAAUCAAAGACAAAAAAGUUCUUGUUGUCGGUGGCGGCGAGGUGGCUGCCGGCCGAAUCCUCAACUGCCUCAAUGCCGAUGCCAGCGUCACCGUCGUCUGUCCGGCCUCGGGGCUCAAUGCCGAGGUCGCCUUCCGCGUCGCCGAGAAACAAGUUACACACGUCGAUCGGAUAUUCGAGCCAUCAGAUCUAGACGGGGCCGAUAUGGUCCUCGUGGCAGUUGACGACCCGGCCGCUUCCACUGCCAUAUGGAAACUCUGCAAGCAAAAGAAGAUUCCUGCCAACAUUGCCGAUGUGCCCCCUGAAUGUGAUUUCUAUUUCGGCAGCAUACAUCGCGAUGGUCCUCUUCAGAUCAUGGUGAGCACCAAUGGCAAGGGCCCCAGACUUGCCGCUUCCAUUCGGAAGUUUAUUGCGAGCAAGUUGCCGAGAAAUGCGGGCAAUGCCAUCGAAUCAAUCGGUCUGUUGCGGACAAAGCUGCGCAAGGUCGCACCAAAUCCGGAGGACGGUCCAAAAAGAAUGCGGUGGAUGUCCAAGGUCAGCGAUACCUAUAAAUGGGAUGAAAUGUGCGGACUUACCGUGGAAGAUAUGGACAACCUUCUCCUGUUCUACCCCGCAGACAAGGUUCCAUCCAUGGAUAUCUUGCUGGCCCUUCGAGGUGGAAACGACAUGAAGAAGCUCGAUGUGUUUGAUGGCUCAUUUGGAUUUAGCGUGGGAGCAUAG